AUGGACAGAGAGGAAGGGAUGAGGAGGACUGAAAGUUUCGCAGCUCAUGUCUUUACUUCUUUUAAUCUGGUAUUUUUAGGUGGAGAACUACGCAAGCAGCAAAAAGAAAUUGGGCAGCUUAUGUUGUUAAAGCAUGAGAAAGAAAAGAAAGGAGUGGAGAGCCUGGUGGAAGAGGAGGCCCCUCGUCUGAUGGAGACUUUCGCGCGUGUAAAUGGGCAGCCAUUUGACCCUUUGAAGGCCACCACUGCUUCCCUUUGCAAAAUCAUCUGGACUCUGAGUUUCAGCGACCGUUCCCCUCUUGAAGAUAAGGACAGCCAACAAUUGAUGGAUGCCAUUGAAUCUGCUGUAAAAUCUGGAGGGAGCUUUGUUUACGCUAUACAUAAACAGUUCCCGUGGUUCAUGAAAUAUUUCCCAGGGCCACACAAAAAUGCCCUGUCCAGCAAGGAGAUGGUGCUUUCCCUUAUAAAGAAGGCGAUACAGAAACAUAAAGAAGCAAAGGCAGGGAAGGAGCCACAAGAUUUCGUUGAUUUUUACUUGUCACAAAUGGAGAAAGUAAGUGCCAGUGACCAGAAUGCUGCUGCCUACAAUGAAGAGAACCUGGCUGAAUGUAUUUUUAACUUCCUUAUCACAGCUGCAGAAUCAACUGCAAUCACUCUCCAGUGGGCACUGCUGCUGAUGGCAUCUCAUCCAGAAGUUCAAGAUAAAGUCCAUAAGGAGAUAGAAGAUGUUUUGGGUGCUGAAAAUGCUGUUAGCCACCAAGUUUGGAAGAAGCUACCUUAUACCAGUGCUGUGAUUCAUGAGAUCCAGCGCACGAAACAUGCAUUCUUAUUCAGAAUCAUCAAACAAUUUGCAAAGGAUCUGAAUAUCUUUGGUUUUCUUGCUCCCAAGGGAACUUUUAUUAACCCAGAUCUGAAUUCAGUGUUGCUUGAUCCCAAACUAUGGGAGAAACCUGAACAAUUCAACCCAAGUCAUUUUUUGGAUGGUGGAGAAUUUGUUGCCAAAAAAGAAUUUCAGCUCCUUGCUGGUGGUAUAGAAUGGGGACGGCGGGUGGGACAAACCAGCCACCGUACCGGUACGCUGUCAGCUGCUUCUGACUACUACCAGUACGGCCUUAUGGCGCCGUACCAGCUGGAACCCACCACUGAGCCUAGUGCUGCAUGA